UAUGAAUACAUACAUACGAAAUACCGCGGUUAUCAGUACAUUACUUUGGAGAAGAUACCAGCAUUGGACGUUCUAUGACGCCUCCAACGUAACGCACUACACAUUGCGACGUUCGUUUAUGACGAACUGUUGUCAGAUAAAAAAAAUAAAAAAAGGACAAAUGAGAAAUAAAAAAUAAGUAAAAAAAUUGUAAAUAAACAAUCGUAUGUAGAAGUGAAGUAUAGCAGAAGUUCGAUUUUUAGUUUUAAUAAUUGAAAAAUUAAAGGAAAUUAUGUUGCGUGUGUUCAAGUGUGCGGAUUUCGCACCAAAAAGUUUGACUUCUCGUCUUAAACAUACUAGCCGAGUCAUUGCCAUCAGAAGAGAAGACCAGAGUGUUUGGGAAAGAAGAGCGCCUUUCAGUCCUAAUAAUGUCAAAAGAUUAGUUAAAAAUAAUGUUAAAGUCAUUGUACAACCUUCCAACAGGAGGGCAUAUCCAAUGCAGUCUUACAUCAAUGCGGGAGCUGUGGUCCAAGAAGACAUCAGCGAAGCCUCCGUGAUUUUUGGGGUCAAACAAGUACCCGUAGAACAAUUAAUUCCCAAUAAAACCUACUGCAUGUUUUCACAUGUUAUCAAAGCCCAAGAAUCUAAUAUGCCUUUACUUGAUGCAAUUAUGGAAAAGAAUAUUCGUCUUAUCGAUUAUGAAAAGUUGAUGGACGAAAAGGGCCAAAGAGUAGUAGCAUUUGGAAAAUAUGCUGGUGUUGCCGGUAUGAUCAAUAUUUUGCACGGAUUAGGUUUACGUCUUUUAGCUUUGGGUCAUCAUACACCUUUCAUGCAUAUUGGAUUGGCUCACAAUUACAGAAAUUCCUCCAUGGCCAGACAAUCUAUAAGGGAUGCUGGAUAUGAAAUCGCUUUAGGUAUGAUGCCAAAAUCUGUAGGUCCAUUGACGUUUGUGUUCACUGGCUCAGGAAAUGUAUCACAGGGAAGUCAAGAAAUUUUCCAAGAACUACCCCACGAGUACGUUUCCCUGGAUUCCUUGCGCAAGGUUGCCGAGCACGGCGCCCAAAACAAGAUCUACGCCUGCGAAGUUAGCCGAAGAGACCACCUGGAGAGGCGCGAAGGCGGCGGCUUUGACGCCCAGGAAUACGACGAACAUCCUGAUAGAUACGUGAGCACCUUCAGCCAAAAGAUUGCCCCAUACGCUUCAGUCAUCGUCAAUGGAAUCUACUGGGCGGUAGACAGUCCAAAACUGAUGACAAUUCCUGAUGCCAAGAAUUUAUUGAGACCUGCAAACACCCCCUGGUUGCCAAUAAGCAAAGGUUCACCAUCACUGCCUCAUAGGAUGCUGGCAAUCUGUGAUAUUUCUGCAGAUCCUGGCGGUUCAAUAGAGUUCAUGAACGAAUGCACCACAAUCGACACACCAUUCUGUUUAUAUGAUGCUGAUAGAAACAAGGACACCAAGAGCUUCAAAGGCCCGGGUGUGUUAGUCUGUUCAAUUGAUAACAUGCCAACUCAGUUGCCAUUAGAGAGCACAGAUUUCUUUGGUGAAUUAUUGCAUCCAUAUGCUUAUGAUAUUUUCAAAAGUGACGCCGAAAAACCAUUAGAAGAACACGACUUCUGCUCAGCUGUACAUGGUGCUGUGAUUGCAAGUAACGGAAAAUUGACCCCGAACUUCGAAUACAUUUCUGAUUUGAGAGCUGCCAAUAGUCGUUCCAGGCACAAGUCAGACAUGGGCAGUGUCGGAUCUGGUUCUAAAAAACAAGUUUUGGUACUUGGAGCGGGAUUUGUCUCUGCACCACUCGUGGAAUACUUACAUAGGGAAGAAGAUGUCGAAAUCACAGUUUGUUCACAAAUGAAAGAAGAAGCUGAUGCAUUGGCAAAUCGGUACACUGGUGUAAAAUCCAACUACUUACAAGUAGCAAAGGACAUAAGUCCUGCAGGUUUAGCAGAACUCUGCUCAAAAAGUGAUGUUGUAGUUUCCUUAUUGCCUUAUUCCUUGCAUGGUCAUGUAGCAAAGACUUGUGUUGAUUCCGGAGUACAUUUAGUUACUGCAAGCUAUGUCACAGAUGAAGUACGAGAACUGCACGAAAAAGCACAAGAUCGUGGUGUAACAUUAAUGAAUGAAGUCGGUUUGGAUCCUGGUAUUGAUCAUCUUCUUGCAUUAGAAUGCAUCCAUGAAGCCCAAAGACAAGGAGGAAUUGUUGAAUCCUUUGUAUCGUACUGUGGAGGACUUCCAGCACCUGAAUUCAGCGACAAUCCUCUAAGAUAUAAAUUCUCAUGGUCUCCUCGUGGAGCUUUGUUGAAUACUUUGUCCGCAGCUAAAUAUUUGAGUAAAGGACAGGUUGUAGAAAUCAAUGGUGGUGGCGACUUGAUGGCUUGUCCCAGAUCUUUAGAUUUUCUACCAGGAUUUUCCUUAGAAGGUUUUCCUAAUCGUGAUAGCACACAGUAUUCUGAAUUAUAUGGUUUAGGUUCACAAGUUCAGACUUUACUACGUGGAACAAUCCGAUAUAAAGGAUUUUCCGAGUGCAUCCAGACUAUUCAACUGUUAGGUUUAAUUGACACUCAUCCUCAUCCAAUGUUGCAUCCAAGCGGACCUGAUCUAACAUGGCGUCAAUUCGUUUGCCAUCUCCUCGGAAUGAACGAUUCAAACAUAUUCUAUGAAAAUUUGAAAUCCAAAGUAGUAGAACGAGUAGGUAAUGCUGAUGGAAUUGAAAGGUUGGGUCUGAUGGAUGAUGUUCCAUUGAAAAAACUGAAUACACCUUUAGAUACACUCAGCCACUACUUAGCACACAAACUUGCUUUAGAUACUUCUGAACGUGACUUGGUUGUACUCAGGCACGAUGUAGGAAUUCGUUAUCCCAGCGGUAAAAGAGAAGAACGUGGCAUCAACUUCGUCGUAUACGGCGAAUCUCAAGCAUCAGGAGGCCACUCUGCAAUGGCUAAAACAGUCGGUUUCCCAGCAGCAAUUGCCACCAGGAUGAUUUUGGAUGGAGAAAUCCAAAAACGUGGAGUUGUUUUGCCAUUCAGUGAAGAUAUCUAUAGGCCAAUUCUUAGCAGAUUGAGAGCUGAGGGACUUCAUGCCACAGAAACCGUUAAAGUUUUGUAAGAUGGAGGAGAAACACUUUGUUUUAUUAUCGUGAAUUCAUUAAUCGAUUUUGAAAAUAUGACUGGCUCUUUUAGCAUUUAUACAUAUUUUUAAGCUCGCUUUGAUAUAUCAAGACAUAAGUAUUUACUUAAAAACAAUUUUUACCUAUCUUAAGGUGGGUGUGUAAAUAAUAAUUUGAUUUUAGUGUUUUAACUAAUUUAAUGGAAAUAAAAUAAU